AUGCCUAACAUCAUCAAACCCAAUCUGAUCCUACUUUCCAAGUUCACACUUCCUGUCCUCCUUAUUCUUACACUCUUCAUCCUAACAUUUUCAAACACCCGCCACCACUCCGCCACCACCACCUCCACCGUGACACCGCAGCGGAAGGCCAACCACGCCCUUCAUUUCCAGGACGUUUUCCUCUCUACCUCCAGCAACUACACCCUCGCCACCUACCUCCGCCACCUCACCCUCCACCCUCACCUCGCCGGAACGCCGCCGGCUCUCCAGACUGCUCUUUACGUCCGUAACCACUUUGAGUCUCUCGGCCUCGAAACCCACACUUCCAACCACACUGUACUCCUCUCUUACCCUCUUUACUCAUCCUUGACGGCCCACUUCCGUAACGGUUCAACGGUUAAACUUCCGCUAUCUGAACCCGGGUUAUCACCUGGCCGCCACGUCGUGUCCCCUUAUCAUGCUUACUCUCCGUCGGGUUCGGUUUUAGGCCGGCCCGUAUUCUUGAAUUACGGCCGGGGCCAAGACUAUGCUGAGCUGGGAAAGAACGGGGUGGAAGUGAAGGGAUGCAUUGGGAUUGUCAGGAGAGGCGGAGGGUUGUCGAGGAAUGACGCGGUGGAGAAGGCGGCGGCGCACGGAGUGGCUGCGGUGCUAAUGUACACCGAGGGAGAGGAAUUUAGAGGAGGCGUGGAGAGAGGAACAGUGAUGAAGGGAGUUGGGGACCCGUUAAGCCCCGGAUGGGCUGGGGUUGAUGGUGGUGAGAGGUUGAAAUUGCAUGACCCGCUGGUGACGGAAAGGUUUCCGAAUGUUCCCUCCAUGCCGGUCUCGGCUGAUACUGCUGAGAUCAUAUUGGGAUCAAUGGAGCUGUCCAGGGUGCCUAAACAGUGGAGGGAAGCUGUAAAAAGUAGCCGGGAUAAAUUCGGGCGGGCUGGUCCUGGUCCGGAUUUGCUUAACUUUACAUAUAUGGGGGAGAAGAAGAUGGCUACAAUUCAUAAUAUUUUUGUGGUGAUCAGGGGAUUGGAAGAGCCUGAUCGCUUUGUACUUCUGGGCAACCACAGAGAUGCGUGGACUUAUGGUGCUGUUGAUCCAAAUAGUGGAACUUCUGCUCUACUUGAUGUUGCUCGCCGAUUUGCUCUUAUGAUGCGAUUGGGUUGGAGUCCACGAAGAACUAUCAUUCUUGGCAGCUGGGACGCAGAAGAGUUUGGUAUGAUUGGUUCUACCGAAUGGGUCGAAAAGAAUCUGGUGAACCUGGGAGCCAAAGCUGUAGCUUAUCUCAAUGUAGAUUGCGCUGUUCAAGGGCCUGGUUUCUUUGCCAGAGCAACUCCUCAGCUGGAUGAUCUUCUGAUUCGAGUCACAAAGAAAGUUACGGAUCCUGACUCAAAUAAGAUAUCAAUUUUUGAAAAAUCUACUGUCACCAACGAAGGUUUUAGUAUACAGAGACUCAGUGGAGUCGAUUCAGACUUCGCUCCAUUUUUACAGCAUGCAGGAGUUCCUAGUAUUGAUAUGUAUUAUGGCCGAGAUUUCCCUGUCUACCAUACUGCUUUUGACUCCUAUGAGUGGAUGGCUAACGUCGGAGAUCCUUCGUUUCAGCGUCAUGUUGCUGUUAGUGGUGUCUGGGGACUUCUUGCGCUUCAUUUGGCUGAUGAUCCAAUCUUACCUUUCAACUACCUUCCAUAUGCUGCUCAAUUGCAGGAGUAUGUUAACAGUCUGAGCACUGUUCUGUCGGGGGAUAUCUUGUUGCAUCCUAUCACUCUUGCCAUUCAAGACUUUAGAGCUGCUGCUACAGAAGUUGUUCAGGAAUCAAAGAAAUUGCUUAGUGAUAAAUCCACGGUUGAGGACGCUGUGAUGAAGAUGCGAAUGCUAAAUGAUCGGCUAAUGUUGGCUGAAAGAGGAUUCUUGGAUCCAGAGGGGCUGUGUGGAUCAGCGUGGUUCAAGCAUCUUAUCUAUGGGCCUCAGAUCAAUGGUGAAUGUGAGUUUAAUUUCUUCCCUGGAAUAGCUGAUGCUAUUUCGGAGAGUAAGUGGACGGACAAGGACAAGUACAAGAGGCAGGAAGCAAUCCAGCAUGAGGUAUGGAGGGUUGCCAGGGCUAUUCAGAGGGCUGCCGUUAUGCUUGAAGUUGAUCGGGAAUCAGUCUUGCAUGUACUUCGUGACUGUCCGGCUGCGAAGAAGAUUUGGCAUCGACUAGUGCCGAGAAUUGUCCAUCAGAGCCUCCAACCAAUGAAGUUGGCCCGGACGAAGGACAUCAAUUCCAGGCCCCCAAAGAAGCUUGGAAAGAAGGAGGAAAGUUCUGCAAAACCUUGUCGGCGUUCUGCAACCACCUCCAUUCCAGCUGCGACGCCCUCAAACACUCCGCCGACCGCCGCCCCAUCCCCCUCGGUUCACUCUGCAUCGACUACGUUCGUACAAUGUCUGAAUCGGAAGGUUUCCUCCGCCAGCGCUGAUCUCAACUUGCUCGAGUCCAUGUCCUGUGAUACGGUGUCGUUCGAGGAGCUCCUUGGCCACUGCUACCAAGUCUACCACGACAAUCAAUCUCACCUCCUUUCCCUCCAACAACAUCUCAUCUCCAAUUCCGCCUACGUCCCCACAUCCGUUGAUACUGAUGAAGACCAAGAUGAAGAGGAGCGGGAUUCGGACGGCUAUGCGUGUAUCAGUAGUUCAUCCCUGCCUUCCUCUGGCUUCCCUGAUGAUCCCUUGUUAGAUGACUCUCUAAAUCUAAACAGCCUUGGGCUUUCAGAUGUUUCUCUUGCUACUAUAGCAUCUGGAGCUAAUGGUGGCAUUACCGUCGAGGGACAGUAUCAAUUUAGUGAAAAGUUGUUUCCAGAAAUUAGAGAAGAUAUUUUGGACGAACCACUGCCAUCCAAGGAAUCAAAAUUGAGGAUAGAUGUGUCGAGGGUUGAUUAUGAUAGUCUCCCGGAGCAGAUUAAGAGGUUGGCUUCAUGGGAGGAACUUCUGGCUGCCGUUGAGAAGAUGAAUUCCUCCUUGGCAAAGAGGAGCGCUGAUGCAGACAUAUUCCACCAGGAUGAGAUACCCUCACUUGGAUUAGGGGACAAAGCAAGAUCUCACCUACUGUUGCUAAUAAAAAUGAACCGGAUGGCUGUGGAGCCAGUAGGUGGCGCAAUUUACUACCGAGUGCUGUAG